GCGGUCGAAAUAUUUUCAAAACCCCGCCCUGGCCUCUCCACACUCCAAAGUCCAAACCACUCCACUCUGACUCUCCCUCUUCUUUAUCUCUCCCUAGUCCUUGUAUAUGCACAUUUUAUCUUCGUCUAACCAUUCGUUCCAUCAAAAGCCAUACCCCAUACGACAGCUCUCAAUCGUCUUCCCCAUUUACCAACUCCCCAAUCUCUGUUUCACCCUCAUCCAUGGCGCAGGAUAGUCAACUCCCUUGUGACGGGGAUGGCGUUUGCAUGCUGUGUAAGGAAAAGCCCCCAGAAGAAGAGACCCUUACCUGCAAGACGUGUGCCACUCCAUGGCACGUCAGUUGCCUCUCUGUUCGUCCCGAAUCCAUGGCCUCUGUUCUUCAAUGGGAGUGCCCUGACUGUUCACCUUCUGUUGAUGGCCUCCCUGCCGCGUCUGCUGGCAAAUCUGUUGCCUCCUCUGUCCCUGCAAACUCUGGAGACCUCAUCGCCGCGAUUCGAGCGAUCCAGGCCGAUGCCUCACUUAGUGAGCACCAAAAAGCUAAGAAAAGGCAAGAGCUAUUGAGCCGCGGUACUCGAUCUCCGGACAACGAAGAGGCGGAAUCUGAAGGGAAGGAUAAGAUGGUGGAAGGGAAGGAUGUACUGGAUCUCCUCGGUGGGAACAUAAACUGCAGCUUCUGUAUGCAACUACCGGAACGCCCGGUUACGACUCCUUGUGGGCACAAUUUCUGCCUGAAGUGCUUUCAGAAAUGGACCGGGCAGGGGAAGCGUACGUGUGCAAAAUGCCGUACCAUUAUACCUCCCAAGAUGGCGAGCCAACCGCGUAUCAAUUCUGCACUGGUUGUGGCCAUUCGUAUGGCCAAAUUGUCCAAAUCAAUAUCUACCGUGGGACCGCUGAAAGUGCAUCAUUUUAUACACAACCAGAACCGGCCUGACAAAGCUUUCACCACGGAACGGGCAAAGAGGGCUGGAAAGGCCAAUGCUUGCAGCGGCAAGAUUUUUGUCACAGUCCCGCCCGACCAUUUUGGACCCAUUCCUGCAGAAAAUGACCCCAUAAGGAAUCAGGGUGUAUUGGUUGGGGAGUGUUGGGAGGACAGGAUGGAGUGUAGGCAAUGGGGCGUCCACCUUCCGCAUGUUGCAGGAAUUGCAGGGCAAUCGGAUUAUGGUGCGCAGUCCGUGGCCCUUUCAGGCGGCUACGAAGACGAUGAGGACCAUGGAGAGUGGUUCCUGUACACUGGAAGUGGUGGAAGAGAUCUUAGUGGGAAUAAGCGCACAAACAAGGAACAGUCGUUUGAUCAGAAGUUUGAGAAAAUGAAUGAGGCGCUGCGAGUAAGUUGCAAGAAAGGCUAUCCAGUUCGAGUUGUGAGGUCUCACAAGGAGAAACGUUCUUCCUAUGCACCAGAAACUGGAGUGCGAUAUGAUGGAACAUACAGGAUCGAGAAAUGCUGGCGCAAAAUUGGAAUUCAAGGCUUCAAGGUCUGCAGAUAUCUGUUUGUUCGAUGUGAUAAUGAACCUGCACCUUGGACAAGUGAUGAGCAUGGGGACCGUCCAAGAACUCUGCCUGUUAUUAAGGAGCUAAAGAAGGCAACUGAUAUUACUGAAAGGAAGGAAAGCGCAUCUUGGGAUUAUGAUGAGGAAGAAGGGCGCUGGAAAUGGAAAAAGUCUCCUCCAGCCAGCAGAAAAGCAGUUGAAACUGUAAAUCAAGAGGACAGAAAGAUGAUAAGGAAGGAUAUAAGACAAGCACAAACCUUGUCUGUGAGAGAAAAACUCUUGAAAGAGUUCAGCUGCCUAAUAUGUCGGAAAGUCAUGAUCAUGCCCCUUACGACUCCAUGUGCUCAUAACUUUUGUAAGCCUUGUCUGGAGAAUGCAUUUGCUGGUCAGACCUUUGUAAGAGAGAGGACAUGUGAAGGUAGAAGAACAUUACGUGCAAGAAAGAAUGUCAUGAAAUGUCCAUCGUGCCCUAAUGACAUUUCCGACUUCCUCCAAAAUCCACAGGUAAAUAGAGAGUUGAUGGAUGUCAUAGAAUCCCUUAAGCGUCAGACUGAAGAGACAGAAGAAUGUGCUGAAAAAUCAAGUGAAGAAAAUGAUGACAUGGAAGAGAAACCUGAUGCUCUAACAGAUACUGAAGCCAGCACCGAGAAAUUAGACAUAAUAAAUGAAAGUGAUGGUAAGGAAGUUGCUGAUGGGGAGAAAAGCAAGAUAUCCAUAAAUGAGAAGCAGGAUGAUCAGGAGAACUGUAAAAUAUCCAAAGAUGAAAUGCCCGAUUCUGUAGAAGGGGAUGCUGGUAAACCUAAAAUGCCAGACUGUAUUGAGCAGGAUUUGCCAACUAGAAAAGAGGCCAGACCUAAACGGACUUGUAAGCGGAAGGCAACUGUUGAGACUUCUUCUCAUGCCGGUGCAAAGACCAGAAGCAGGAGCAAGAAAACAAAAGAGUCUAUUGAUGAUGGAAAUGUUUCACCAUCAAGCCCUCUCCAUGUUCAAUCAGAUGAUGAUUUUGAAUGAUUUAUAGUCUAUAUUUUUUACCCCAAAAAAUUCAUUUAUAUUUCAUCUUAAGAAAGUUUAAGAGCUUUCUUUUCCAUUUCUGGAGUUUAUGCCAUUAUAGUUGGUGGAUUUUUCUUUAAACACUUGAGGAAUUCUUGCCAAUCAGGCAUUCGAUUUUUUAGCCUUAAAUUUUGUAUUAUUUAUGUACUUUUUGGAUUCUUCAUUUUGAAUCUUUCCCAUACCCGUGUAGGUUCAAAAUAUCCACAUGGUGCAUUUGAUGGAGGAUGCAUUAUAUGAUAGAUAUCUUUAAGGUA